AUGGGGAAUCAAGUGCCAAGGGCUUUCAGGUUUGAGAUAGAUAACUUCUCGGAGAAGAAUACUAAAAUAACGUCUCCUAUAUUCACAAGCGGCGGAUGUGAAUGGUAUUUCACAAUUUAUCCGAAGGGGACUUGUCGUUGUAAUACUUACAUGUGUUUGUUCCUAAACCUUGCAAAUCCUCAAUCAUUACCAACUGGAUGGAAAAGGAAAGCUAGAUGUCACUUCCUUCUGUUGAAUCAAUCCGGCAAAGUGCUCUACAAAUCAGAACUACCUACUGAUGAAAAACUACCACGCCACAAGUUUUGCGCUAGAACACCUUCCUUGGGAUGGGCAAUGACCUUGCCUUAUAGAAACCUUAUUGAAAAUGGUCUUUUGGAGAAGGACAAGCUCAUCGUUGACUUCUAUAUUAGUGACGUUGAACUUGUUGAUGGAAACGGCAGAGUUGUAUCAGAGAAGGAGACUGUGAUUAUAAAUGGUUUCCAGGUUUAUGCUUAUCUGGCUACUUCAGCAAGAAAGUUGUUUGCGAAGCACCCAAACAUUGCAGAAGAUCUCAAACCAAAGAACCAAUUCGUGAAGAAUGAAUACAUGAAUGUCCUUCUCAACCUCGUUGAGACACUUAACAAACCUUCACAGAAUCACUCAGAGAUUGAGAUACGAAAUUCUCACAGCAAGUUGAGUGAGCUGAUGGAACAAGGCUUUAAGCUGGACUGGUUGAAGGCAAAGCUUGAUGAGGUUUCCUUGAAAAGGAAGAAAUCAGGUGCUGAUGAUGUCCAACGACUCGAUGAACGUGUUAAGAAUGAUCUUGAGCUGGUGAAAUUGGACUUAAAGCUGGAUUGUUUGAAGACGAAGCUUGAGGAGGUUGCCUUGGAGAAGAAGAAAUCAGAUGAGGCUGAUGGUUCUCGGGUCAAAGAAAUGGAAGGACGCAUCAAGGAUCUUGAGAUAAUGGUGUCAGAUCUCAAAGUUGAACUGGGCAAGGUGAAGGCCAAAGCUUCUGCUGAUGAUGAUUUUUUGUUGAUCGACUAG